AUGCAUUCUGAGGCAGCCUCGGAUGUAUCUGACUGGCUGAAAGAAAAAAAAAACAACAGUUGUGUGCAGAAUUUGGAAAGUGAGAGAAACCAGGAGAGGUUCCACGAGACAUUGGAUUGUCUUCUUGACUUUAGAGAUGCAACACUGAUGGAAGAUGUCUGGGCUCCAAUGAAGACAAUAACAUUCACAAAGGGCCCUCUUAAAACGUUUGACUUUACGGUUUUCACUAUCUUCACGGUCUCAAAAGCGUUAAUGAUGUUACAGGAGAUUGAGGAGCUGGAACUGGACAGUUGUGGUGUAGAAGGUCGUUCAGAUUGUCUUGGGAGUUCUGUCUACACUCUAUUGGUACAUGUUGAAUUGGAUGCUGGUACUUCCGAACACAAUACCCGUAACAAGGAUAGUUGGGAUACAUUGGUGCAGCAAUUUGUCGGUUAUGUUCUGUGGGAUCUCCUCAUGUUUUCUGGAAAUAGCGCCAAGUACACGCCUGUUAAUUUAUUGGCGAUUGUAAUCCUGUCCCAGGGAAAAUGCGGUCUCUCCACCUGCACUACUAAUUACCUCGUGGCCAUGGCAACAGGGGAUCUACUGGUCAUUAUCACUGAGGUUAUACUGAACCGGCUCCGGGGUUAUUAUUUUCCACAGUGCUUCUUGGAUAUCACCCCUGUGUGCAGUGUGAUCAAUGUCCUUUUGUGUGCAGCCACUGACUGCUCUGUCUGGUUCACUGUCACAUUCUCCUUUGACAGGUUUGUGGCUAUUUGUUGCCAGACACUCAAAAGAAAAUAUUGCACUGAAAGAUUAUCAAUCAUGAUUCUAACAGCAACUGGUGUUCUGCUAUUUUUGAGAAACAUCCCCUUCUUUUUUGCAAUUGAGCCUGGAGAGAUAAUCGACAAUAUGGCAUGGUUCUGCUAUCCAAAACCGGCCUAUUAUAGUGAACCUGGUUGGAAAGGAUUUGACUUAUUUGAUAAGUUUUUGACACCAUUGCUCCCAUUUCUUUUAAUCCUGUUGCUCAAUGCUCUGACAAUUAGACAUAUUUUAGUGGCCAGUCAAGUCCGGAAGGGACUGAGGGGUCAGGGCAAAGAAGUUAAUCACAGAGACGCAGAGAUGGAGAGCAGAAGGAAGUCGAUGAUUUUACUUUUCACCAUAUCCAGCAACUUCAUCCUUCUUUGGUUAGUGUAUGUCAUAGAUUUUGUAUAUUAUAAGGUAACAGGACAAAAACCUAUGCAUUAUAAUGAUUUCCAAAUAGCUUUUCAACGGGUCGGGUACAUGCUGCAGACCUUAAGUUGCUGCACAAAUGCGUUUAUUUAUGGAGCAACUCAGUCUAAGUUCAGACAGCAGGAAGUGCUCCGAGCUGCACAAGUUGGAGCUCUGGGUCUUGGAGCUCUAGCAGCGGCUGGGGAAACUGUGGCACGUUCUCGAAGCUGA